GGACUGUUCAAAGCAAUAUAAGCGGCAUCACCGGAGGAUUGUUUUAUUUUAUGGCGCUUUGUCAGCGUCUCCUCGGCGAAUGCGCAAAUGCCGCCCAGAUUUAGAUGCGCGGACUUCCAUCGAGUUGCUGAGGAACAACCUCGACGACAUUACUGGGGAGUUUGACAGUUACCAUUGUUAUACAUAUCGGCUGGAAAAAUACAUUUCUUGGCCCAUUUAAGUUAUCUAUUUGCUGCUCCAUAGACGCGUGUUUGUUGAUAUUGUCGCGUCUUGAACGAGCCUGUGCAACUAUUAUUAUUUACUUCUCACCACACCACAAACCCAACCUCUUUGCGACCUACUUCCUACGAAUUUCAUCAGAUACAGUAUGGCACCGCGAUACGCCAUGUCAAACUCCGAGUCUGAGCCCGAUCAGCCAGCACCUGCUGCUCCUUCCGACGAUGCGUUGGAAAAGGCUCUGCGCGACGCUGUGGCUGAGGUUUACAAGUCAGGAAAAAUGGAAGAGCUGACCGUCAAACGGGUGCGACUGGCAGCGGAGAAAAGUCUGGGGCUCGAUGGGGGCUUUUUCAAGGGCGACUCUAAUUGGAAAGCAAAGAGUGAAGAAGUCAUCAAGGAUGAAGUGGAAACACAAGACCAAGCCCCCAAAGAACCAGCUAGCGAUCACGAGAAGGAACCCUCCCCGCCUCCGUCAAAACCCGCCAAACCCACCAAGCGAACAAAAGCCGAAGCCCCCUUAAAAUCCAAUAAGCGUCGGAAGCCAAGUCCAGAAGAGGAAGCGGAAGUAGCUGCUCAAAGCGAGGAGAACGAGGUGAGUGAGGAAGAGGUCAAAAAACCAGCCAAGAAGCAGUCAAAGGCAGUAGCAAAGAAAACGGAGUCACCACCUUCCAAGGAGAAUGUCUCAGAUGACUCGGAUGCUGCAGAAGGAGAGGAUAAACCGACAAAGGCAGAUGACGAAGAUCUGAAGGACGGCUCAGAAAGUGAAAUGUCGGUUGUGCUCGACGAGGAACCCCAGCCCAAACCCGCUCGCAAGCGGCAAAAGAGUGCAGAUGCACCCGCAAAGAAAGGAGGGAAGAAGGCUCCCAAGGCCCCUGCUAAAGGCAAGGAUGCCGAUCUUGAUCCUGACCAAGCAGAGAUCAAGCGAUUGCAAGGUUGGCUUAUUAAAUGCGGCAUUCGCAAGAUGUGGGCUCGUGAAUUGGCUUCAUACGACACAGGCAAGGCCAAAAUCAAACACUUGAAAGAGAUGCUAAAGGAGGCGGGUAUGGAGGGGCGGUACUCUCUGGAAAAGGCGAAGAAGAUACGGGAAGAGCGAGAACUCAAGGCGGACCUUGAGAUGGUCCAGGAGGGUGCCAAACGAUGGGGAACAGAAGGUGCGGACGAAGACGAAGAGGGCGAGGAGGAUCGACCACGACGUAGACUGGCUCGAGGACGCAAAAGCCUCGCAUUUUUGGACGAUGAGGGUGAGGAGACGGAUUAAUCUGAUAUAUCGGUGCCCCAUGUCAUUGUGAUGAAGUCGACUACCCGCAUCUGCUUGCCUGGCGCAGCUUCAUGCCUUGUUUUAUUAGAAUUCGAUACCACGAGAAAGCAAUCAUGUUUCGAUUAAUGAAUAAAGGUCUGGGAUGUAAUGAAUCCCAUUGCUCUGGAAGUUCGUCAUCUGCUCGACUUGACUCCGCUCAUCCGCUGUGCCGUCAAGCUGAACACGGCGACCGAAGAGAUGAAAAGGACAAGAUUGU